UCAGGUUUUUGAGAAAUUGGAGUAUAAAGUGACGAAAAUAAGUACGAUUUGUGGUGACUUGAUUUUGUGGCUUCGGAUAACUGAAAUAUCGAACAAAUUAUGAUAAGAAUCCUCGCUAGCCUGGCACUUCUUUUUCCCUUUGUCCUUCCUUUCAACUAUAACAAUGGUGCAAGUGCUGCAUGUAUUGUUACGAAGAACCUCCUCUUCUCACAUGGAAACCUCAUUCGUCAAUUGAAAAAAGACGAAGUAGAUUCCUUCAAAAAAUACAAGAAGGAACUUCAUGUUUUCAAUACGAAAAUAAAUGAAGCUUUUGACAAGGCUGAGGAGAAUGAAGCUAAGAAUUCUACAGUACCUCCAAUGCCAAUUCGACCAACCCUUCCAUCUUUCUGCACUGGAGCCGACACUACAAUGUACAUUUUCGGAGCUUGUACAGUUCAAAACAACAAGGUAUACAUUGGCACAGUACUUGCACGCGAGCUUGAAGAGAAGGAAAAGGGAAAGCUUGCUGAUUUUGCAAAGAAACUUGCCGCAGUUACUCCAGGAACUACACCACCAACGGAUAUCUACAAAGGACUCGAAUUCUGUACAGAACUCUGAGCAAGAAAUCCGUAAAUCUAAUUUUAGAUUUUGUGUAAAUAUUUGAAUUUCUUGUUUAUUCUUUGAGAUGGUGUUGAGCUAUUGAUUCCAUCAGGAGUUUUUCGUAAUUUCAAUGAAAUUUCUAAACAUCU